GCAAAAUCAGUCGACGAGUGUACCAAGACGACGACGGGAGUGAGAGUGAGUGCGUGCAAAAGAAAAGAUUGUCCUCGGUGUGUCGCUGAUCGAGGAGGACCAUCUGUAUCUAGUGAUAUAAAUUUAACCCGAUUCCGGUGUGUGACCGAGUGAGUGCCGUCGAAAAACCCGACCGAAUUUAGCUCGCGCGAUGGCCGGAUUGCUGUCAAUCUCGUCGCGAAAUCUUCCGCGAACGGCGCUGCGAAUCAGCGGCCUUCGCUCGCUGGAGGGAGGCCAACAGCAGGUUAGCAAUGCUGCUGGUUUGAGAUCCUACCACCAGGGGCGUGCUGCACUGCAGAGACUAGUUAGGGCGACCGGCACCGAAAGCGCACCGAUUCAAAGCUCGACGGCCGCAACCGGUGCAUCCCGAUGGCUGCAGGCCGAACGUGGCAUAUUCACCUCUGCCCGACUGCUCAACUCGGAGAUCGUCAAGGUGCCUCCGUUCGCCGAUUCCGUAUCGGAGGGCGAUGUCAAGUUCGAAAGGAAGGUCGGCGAUGCCGUCGCUGCCGACGAAGUGGUCAUGGAAAUCGAAACCGACAAGACCACGGUGGGAGUGCCCGCACCGGGGCACGGUAUCAUCGAGGAAAUCUACGUCGCCGACGGUGACACCGUCAAGGCCGGUCAGCAGCUGUUCAAACUGAAAAUCACCGGUCAAGCUCCGGCGGCAGGAGCCCCGAAGGCCGAAGCACCUGCGCCAGCUGCUGCUGCCGCUCCGCCACCGCCACCACCGCCACCAGUGGCUGCAGCUGCUGCACCUCCACCACCGGCAGCCGCGGCCGCUCCACCACCACCUCCGCCACCACCGUCGGGACCCAUCAGCAAAAUGCCCGUCGCUGCCAUGCGUCACGCGCAAGCCAUCGACGCCGCCACCGUCAAGCUGCCUCCGGCCGACUACAGCAAGGAGAUCACCGGCACCAGAACCGAACAGCGCGUCAAGAUGACCCGCAUGCGGCUGAAGAUCGCUUCCCGUCUGAAGGAAGCCCAGAACACCAACGCCAUGCUAACCACGUUCAAUGAAAUCGAUAUGAGCUACAUCAUGGAAUUCCGCAAGCAACAUCUGGAAGCCUUCCAGAAGAAGUACGGCAUGAAGCUGGGCUUCAUGUCUGCCUUCACCAAAGCAGCCGCCUACGCCCUACAGGACCAACCCGUUGUCAAUGCUGUGAUCGGAGAAAAUGAAAUUAUCUACCGCGACUAUGUCGACAUUUCCGUUGCGGUGGCCUCGCCCAAGGGCUUGGUCGUACCGGUGCUAAGGAACGUGGAGAGCAUGAACUUUGCCGACAUCGAGCUGGCCAUCGCCGGGCUGGCCGACAAGGCCAAGAAGGGCACGCUCGCGGUCGAGGAUAUGGACGGAGGCACCUUCACCAUCUCGAACGGUGGAGUGUUCGGUUCACUGCUGGGUACCCCCAUCAUCAAUCCACCGCAGAGUGCAAUCCUGGGAAUGCACGGCAUCUUCGAACGGCCCGUUGCCAUUAAAGGACAGGUUGUCGUGCGGCCGAUGAUGUACAUUGCACUGACCUACGAUCACCGACUGAUUGAUGGUCGUGAGGGGGUCAUGUUCUUGCGCAAGAUUAAGGCUGCUGUCGAGGAUCCUCGCAUCAUCCUGGCUGGCCUGUAAGACUCUACCACUUACCGUUGUACUAUUACAAGUUAGAACUCAGUCUCCGAACAACCUGGAAACAAUAGGCAUCACGACCUGUGCUAGAAGGCAAUUGCAAACAAAACAAGAAAACAAUAGUAUCCAACAACCAAGCAGAAUCGUUCGUAUGUUUAGGAAAAUGAACUUUUCGUGAUUAUGAGAAUCUUAAACCGGAAAGCAGUAAACGUAACUCCAAUUCCGAAUUCAUUGAUGCACACUCCUUUUUGAUACGCACCGCCCUACCGUUGUUAUUUAUAGGGGAAACAAACUGGAAAUCCAUUCGCGUUGGUACUUUUCUAGACAAAACACAGUUUGUCGACCUGUUAUCGUAUUUGAUGCGACGUAUUUUUUUUUUCUCUUACAUAAGUCACAUUAUACUUUAAUCCGUCGUGCAAAUCAAACGCUAAGUCAACCGUAUAGUUUAUUUUGUAGCAAGCAUACCUAACGUACACACUAUACUCUACUAGACACCUUCGGCAGAUUUAGGUGGAUAACCGGUUUUGUUGCGAUUUGUCAUCAUCAUCCGACGACUGUUGUGUGAAGUGGAGGAAAAAGUUAUUGAAAAUUUAAACGGAAAAAAAUCUUAAAGAAUAAAUGAACGUGCUAACUAAA